AUGGUGAUGAUGAGUCACCUGAGGGCCAUUCUUCAAGCCUCUCCAUGCAAGACACUGUGGAGAAGGUUCCAGACUCUGAGAUCCACGCCUGCAAGGCCUUGCAGCCUCUACACCUGCACUUACAAAUCCCGGAACCGAGUCUUGCACCCUCUCUGGGAGAAAGUGGACCUGGUCCCGGCGGGUGAGCGCCAGUCGCCCAUCAACAUCCGGUGGAGGGACAGUGUCUAUGAUCCUGGCUUACAGCCACUCACCAUCUCUUAUGACCCGACCACCUGCCUCCACAUCUGGAAUAACGGGUACUCUUUCCUCGUGGAAUUUGAAGAUUCUGCAGAUAAAUCAGUGAUCGAGGGAGGACCCCUGGAACACAACUACCGAUUAAAGCAGUUCCAUUUUCACUGGGGGGCCAUUGAUGCCUGGGGCUCUGAGCAUACCGUGGACAGCAAAUGUUACCCAGCAGAGCUGCACUUGGUGCAUUGGAAUGCGGUCAAGUUUGAAAACUUUGAGGAUGCAGCACUGGAAGAAAAUGGUUUGGCUGUGAUAGGAGUAUUUUUAAAGCUAGGCAAGCAUCACAAAGAGCUACAGAAACUGGUGAAUAUUUUGCCAUCAAUUAAGCACAAGGACACACUUGCAGAAUUUGGGUCAUUCGACCCUUCCUGUCUGAUGCCUACUUGCCCAGAUUACUGGACCUACUCGGGGUCUCUGACUACACCGCCACUGUCUGAGUCUGUCACUUGGAUCAUUAAAAAGCAGCCUGUAGAGGUUGAUCAUGAUCAGCUUGAGCAAUUUCGAACCCUGCUCUUCACUUCUGAAGGGGAGAAAGAGAAAAGAAUGGUGGACAACUUCCGCCCCCUUCAGCCCCUAAUGAACCGCACUGUCCGCUCAUCCUUCCGUCAUGACUAUGUGCUGAACAUACAAGCAAAACCCAAGCCUUCCACCAGCCAAGUGACUCCCUAA